AUGCAACCCCCACAACAAGGCGACGAUAUCGGCGCAUCACAUCCGAGAUAUCACUACAGCCCCGCAGACCUCCAGAUCCUCCAUGAAAUCAUCUCCCUCGCGACCGUCUUCCCGGGCAAGAACUCGUUCCGCGCCGUCUACAGAGCCUACGAUGUGGUCCUCGCCGCACGAAAGAUCAACCCCGCGUUCGACAGCGUCUACUUCCGCUUCAUCCUGCAGCUGCAGUCCGUCCCGGGAAAGAACAUCUAUGAACGUUUUAUGGACCUUCUCUCUAGGCAGGGCAUCGACGGCCGCUUCCUGGAAACGCCGUCGGCGGCGGCGACUGCAGAGUUUACCCGGCAGCGCUACGACACUGCGCGGCGCCGGCGCGACCGCUCCAGCCACGGCACCACCACCGACGUCUCGUCGGACGACUACCGCGCCCCAUGCCGUUCGCGAAGGUCGUUUAAUGGGUUGGCCAGCUCGCCGACGCACGAGGCUAUCGUAGCCGCUGAGCUUGCGGCGCGCACCCGGCGCGAGGAGGUUAGUGCGCGCAGGGGCAGGGGCAGGGGCAGGAGGCGGUCGAGGUCGCUGAUGGGGGUUACGACGGCGGAUGAGGAUGAGGAGGAGGAGGAGGAGGAGGAGGAGGAGCUGGGAGGGAGGGGGGCCGAUGACGAGGAGGUGGAGGAGGUGAGGAGGCCGAGGGUCCCGGAGGAUGCGGCGGAUGGGCUGUAUGCGCUGAGGAUGAAGGGGGUGAUGAGGGAUUUUUUUAGGCAUUGGCAUGCAGAGACGGUGAAGAGAGUGGAGCAAAAAUGGUUCGCGGUGGUCGAGCAGCGCGCCGAGCGCCGGUACAACACCCGCCUGAUGGCCAAGGCAUGGAGCGUCUGGAUCCAGAAGACGGCAACAAUCGUGCAGCGGACGCAGGAGGUGCGGCAGCGCAUCCUCGUGCGCAAGUACUUCAACGCCUGGCGCGCGCUGGUCAUUGAGAACGAGGAGAAGGUGCGGCUGUUCCAGCUGUCGAACGCUCUCUAUAAAUGGCGCGCCGCAACCAAGAAGCGGCGGCAGAUGGCGCUGGUGGCCCAGCGCGUCUACCAGGAGAACCUCGUGCACCGGGCCUACUGGACGUGGUUCUUCCAGCUGUGCGGCAUACUGGGCAUGCGCAGGUACAAUAAGACGAUCGCGGAGCAGUGCUUUGAUGUCUGGGUGGAGAAGACGGAGAGGGUCAUCCAGAUGAACCGCAUGGCCAGCGCCUUCUACCGGCGCCACACGCUGCAGACGGUGUUCAACCAGUGGUCCGAGAAGACGCUGCACUGUCUCGACGCCGCCGACAUCGCCGCCGACCACUGCGAGUGGAAGCUGACCGAGAAGGCCUUCGACUCCUGGCGGCGGCAGGCCAAGUUCGCGCCCCUCACCGCCACCAUGACCGCCCUCGUCGACACCCGCAUCGCCCGCGACCACCUCACGCUCUGGCGGCACCGCACGCAGCAGUCUCUCGCCGCCGCCGCCCACGCCCGCACAACGCUCCUUGCCAAAACCCUGCGCAACUGGCGCCUCCAUCUCCGCAGCAAAAUCCUCACCGACAAAACCCUCGACGCCCUCGAAAGCCGCACCCUCAAAACAUGGAUCCUCCACACCCGCUACCGCCAGUUCACCACAUGGCGCAACACCAACCUCGCCCGCCGCGCGCUGACCCACUGGCAAACCCACCACCGCACGCUCUCCAACCGCCUCACCAGAGCCGGCACACAGGUCGUCAUCGCUGGCAACGCACGCCUGGCCCGCGAGGUCCUCGAGUUUAUGAAAGAGCGCCUCGCCUUCCGGCGGCAGAUGGAGGCCGACGCCGCCGCCUUCCACGCAAGCAGUCUCCUCAGCGCAGCACUCGUGCGCUGGCGGUUGAAGGCCGACCUGGUCCGCAUGUACAACGACUGGGCCGACGACGCCGUCUACUACUUCACCGCGCGCCGCGCCCUGCGCACCUGGAAACGCGCCUUCAAAGCCUCCCGGCGGGACCGGCUGCGCGCCGCAUUCCACGCCGUCUCCCGCCGCACGAAGCGCACGCUCGCCUCCGCCGCCCUCGACCUCUGGCUGUCGCGCACCGCCCACCUGCGCACGCUGCACACCGCGGCCGCCUCCUUCGCGCUCGAGCACACGUCCGACGGUGCCGCCAGCGCCCUCGUGCACUGGCGCGACCGCACGGCGCACAUCACGCGCCUCCACGCCACCGCCGCCAACCACCACGACACAAACCUCCUCGCCCACACGCUGGCCCUCUGGGCGGCCAAGCUGCAGCACCUGGCCGCGCUGCACGACACGGCGCUCGCGCUCCUGGCCCGCCGCGACGAGGCCCUCGCGGCAAAGUAUCUCGAGAAGUGGACGGCCGCGGCGUUCCGUGUCAAGCUGCUGGCGCUCAACGGCGGCCGCUUCCAGAGGAAGCGUCUCAAGGGAUUGUUCCGCGCGUGGAAGAACGCUGCGCUGGACCGUGUUUACAUGAGACAGCAGCGGCAGGAGGAGGAGGAGGAGGAGGAGGAGGAGGAGGAAGGGGGAGGGGGGGGGCUGGAUGAUACGCUGGACGACGCGUUUGGUGCGCAGUGGGUGCCGCCGCUCCCCCCGCAGGUGCAGGGGGUGGAUCUGGGGCGGAGUAUCUUUGGCGGGAGUGUGGUGAGGGGGGGGCAGGGGCAGCUGGGGAGGAGUGUGCUAGGACGGAGUGUGCUGGGACGGAGUCUUACGGGUAGUAGGGGGACGACGACGACGACGCCGGCGGCGACGCCGGGGUGGAGGGGGAGUCGGUGGGGGCGGCUUGUGACGCCGUUGGAGACGCCGAAGCGCGGGUUGGGGGGGCUGCUGGUGACGCCGAGGAGGGGCGGGGGGGUGGGGGAGACGCCCGGGAGCCCGUUGCUGAGGUUUAGUAGGUCUAGGGGGUUUUCGGGGAUGCCGGCGAUGAGUGAGGAGUCUCAGUAG